UAUGGCGGCCUCGAUGGUUCGCCCUGGCCGUAAUAUUCGAAGUGGCCGAUUUCGAGCUCGGCACGAGAGCGGCAGUGAAGAAACAGUGAGGUUGGAUUGGAGUAAAGAUGUGUCGGAUAACGUAAAAGAAAUACUUCGUCACAUUGUUCAGCAAAACAAUGUCAGCAAAGGGAAGAAGCUGGGCUACUUGAACUGUUUUGUCAAACUCAUACACAAGUAUGGGAAAGGAAAAGGCCUGGGCCUCAAAAGCAGAGAUAUUCUUAUUUGUUUGCGAGUUGGACUUUUGCAUGAAGCUAAGGAAGUACGAGCAGCCACCUUGAGAGUACUUCGGCACCUGUUGCCAAUCAAUGACAUUCUAGACACUGCCUUGUCUUUACAUCUAGACUAUCUUAUUGCUAGAUCUUUAGACAUUUGUAUGGACAAUGAGAUAGAGCGUGUCCAUGCCAUCAAGUUGAUCCGAAACAUCUGUCAGCUGUCCCCCAAGAAGCUCUGUCCUUCCUUGCUGUAUCCACUUAUAGCCGUCGCCAACGAUGGGGCCAGCGAGCGUGAUCGACUGCUGCGUGUGUGUCUGGCUAGUGUGUGUGAAAUAGCUUUUCACAAUACCAGUGUGUUGUUCAAAUGUGGUGGAGUGAGUUCAAUUCUCAGGAACAUAUUGGCAUGUCACCAAUACCCUCGUCUCAACGAGUCACUAGUCUCUACUGUGUUGUACCUCUUAAACCAUCCACGGACUCGACGCUACAUCAAGGCCAACACCGACUUGGAGCAACUCUUGGCACCUUUCACAGACUGUCACUUCAAAUACAGCGGAGAAUCAGAACAUUCCCAUCAUGACAGCCAAGAGGCCAGGUUUAGUGCCAGCAGGAUGGCUCUUAUCACUGUCAUCAGGUCAUGGCCAGGUCUCAUCCGCCUGUGUCACCCAGAGGGUUCCGGCCUCCAGUCUCUAAUAGGGAUUUUGUACCUACCGUAUGCGGAAAUCAGGAAAAGUAUCCUGGAGUUGAUAUUUGACCUGUUUUACAAGCUGACAUUGCCCCAGUGGACGGACUUAUAACUGCGACUUGACUUUGCUACUGCUCUUGUCAGUGUUGACCCUAGUGAGAUGCAAGAUAGCUGGAGACUGACGGAAGGGUUCGUGGCAGAGGAAGGCCGGACUGUCCUCCCUCACAUGGCAAAGACAAGACCCAAUCUGGUGGAAAACCAUCUUGCCUUGAUCCUAUGUGCUUGGAUCCAUGCAGGAAUCCUGGAGGCACUCGUGGAGGUGAUCUGCAGCAGUGAGGGACCUCUGUUCAUACGAGGAGUGAUUCUAGUCGGGGAACUCUUGCAUAUGGCAAACCAGCUACUUCCAACAGAAUGCAGUAACCACAGCCAAUGUCUGCCCUCUCUCAUUUCCAUGGCAUCAUCCUAUGAUGUUCCCCUUGCCAAAAGACAUCAAGCUAGUCUAGCUGUCACCUAUCUAAGUCACUUCCAUGCCAUGAAGAAACGGGGGGCAGUUCCUUGCAGUCUCUAUCUAGAUCAGCUCCUGCAGCAUGCUGGGAAGUUUGCCGAGUAUAUAGGACGGCACUGGCAUCUACGACGGGACAAACUAGCUGAGAGAUAUUUCACCAAGUACCUGUCUGAAGAUCUGCUGUCUCAAGCAGUCAAGGACUCGCAGGUUCUCAUCACCAAGGAGAACACCAAUUGGGACUGGGAUCUUAUAUGUGCUCUGCUCAAGUGGCCAGAUGAUAAGUUGCGGAAAUUAGAUGAUCAAACUCAUAUCAGAUUUGUCAAACGUCUUGUGUUUUUCUACAAACCAACCAAUGAUCUGUUCUCUCGGAUGGAAUUAACCAAUGAAAAUGCUCGUAAACUAUGUGAUAUCGGAUGCCAUCUCAUAGACUUCCUCAUUAAGUCAAAUCAGGAUGAAGCACAGAAACACAUCAUGGACUGGCUAAUUGACAUUGCCCAGUGUCUUGGUGAGCUGUCCACUCAACACUCCGCCCCUGAAGCCGUCCUCUCCCUGAGCAGUAUUCACUCUACCCUGAGUCAGUAUUACUUCCUGUUUGUGGGUCGCUUCUCCCUCACACCCAGGGGGGACAGGUAUCUGGAGAAGUCGGGGGUCUAUCAGAAUUUGCUGGAGGUGGUGAGUCCCCCAACACAGGAGCUGUACAUCAAACUGACCAUCUCAAGUCUCAACUACUCCCGAGAUGGUACUGCAAGGACCAUCCUGUCUAAAGCUCUCACAUCAUCUGUAGAGGGUGCCAGAGUGUAUGCUACCAAGCUGCUGCGGGUGUUGUUGAGGACAGGGGUGACAGGAUUCAGUUCAUGGGGCAUUGAACUUCUCAUCAGUCAGUUGUAUGACCAAUGUCAGGCUGUUGCUAUGGCAGCAAUCAACAUCAUUGAUGAAGCCUGUGAUGUUCAGGUUAACCUUGACUCCCUAGUGAAGUUGCGUCCAACCUUUCUCCACCUCGGUCAUCGUGGUGUGAUGGUUCUGUGUCGUUUCCUCUCCACACAUAAAGGCUUCAAGGCCCUAAUGGAUGCUAACUUUGUUACCAAUGAAUUACAGAGAUGGGAGAAGACUUACAACCUGCGGUAUGUCAAGAUUGUUGAGGAGCAGCUGAAUGAGGCGCUGACCACAUACGAGAAGACAUACCAGGGACAGUUCACUCGGCGGUCAAUACAGAAACGUCCUAAGAAAGAUGUGUUCCUUCCUGUCCACCUGUAUGGCCAGCUGUGUCAGCAUGAUGAAGGCCUUGACCUGCUGAGGAAAGAGGAAUGUGUGAAGGAAUACAUCCAGCACAUCCACAGCCUUGAGCUCCUCAACGACCAAGACGUCCUCAAGCUGAAGAUUGCUCUUUGGGCAGUGGGCCAUGUGGGAACAUCAGCAGAUGGGGUGUCGUGGCUGGAUGAGGAAAACGUAAUCCCCGAGAUCAUCCGACUGGCCGAGGAGUGUGGAGUAUUCUCAGUCCGUGGGACUGCAUUCUAUGUACUCGGGCUGUUUGCAUGCACCAGGAAGGGUACAGAAAUUCUGGCCCAGUACGGCUGGGAGUCACUGUGUUACGUCCGAGGGGACAAGUGGCCUGUGACGCUGGAACAGGGUUAUUUCCCCUUGACUCUAGGUGAAGCCGGCAGUGUAAGCAAUGUGAGUCUACUUAGUGCUUUCAAGCCGGACGUGGACCGCAGCCAGGUGUCCACUAACACACAGUUGUCUUUCAUUCAAGAAGAGGGCAAAGGGGAUAUAUCAGAUCAGUCUUUCACAUGUGAUAAGUCAGACACUCAGUCGGUGACAAACAUUCCAACAAGUCUGGAGAAACUUAAUGGUACCAAUUCAAAUGGACAUUCACUUGGGAGUAUACCCAAGAGUCGAACUUUGCCCCUUGAAUCAGGGGACUUUAGCAGAUAUCAAAGCAUGCCUGUGAGAUCGCUUGCAAACGGACAGACUCACCCAAUGGUACGUGUUCGAGCAGCAAGUGAUGAUGGUGAUUCGUAUGUGAAAGCAAACAGUUCGUCCAUGAACUCAUCAGUGAUAGAGACAUUUAGUGAGACUUUCAAGGAGAAAGCUGUUAUAGGUGAUAAGUUACUUACAGCAACGACCAACUCGGAGAGGCUGGAAACAGCAAGUGAUCGGGCCUGCCUGAAAACUGUGAUGAGAGGGAAAGAGAAAGAGAUUGUUUUUAAAAUAGGGGGGUCAAAUAUACUUCGUGAUGAUCGCAGUAGUAGUGAGAGCUCCCACAAAAGUAAAAGCCGGACUAGUAGUUUUAACACAGACUCCACAACUAGUGGAGUGAGCUCAUGUGACUCAGGAGCCCUGGCUGGCGGCCUAGGGCUCACUUCGCUAAGUCCGAUUGCAAGUACGUCUUCUCUCAAUACAAUAGCAUCAAGUCAAGUAGCAGGUCAGCCUGACCCCAAAGAACCAGUCCACCCUUCAUCUGUUCAGCGUCGACUUGCAAAGUUGACUCGAGUUCCUAGUCUGCGACGACGUUCCGCUGCUCCCGCCCUCGGUAUCUACCCAGCAAGCCAUUCCACCGAUCCCUCCACAUUCACAAGUCACAGAGAUGCUGUUGGGUAUGCCACCUUGCGGAUAAUCAAACGGAAACGGACACUCAGCUCUGAAGGAGACUCUGAUCCAGGUCCCGGGGUUCCUGCUUUUGGUGAUGGAUUGAUAAACAGAACAUACAGUACUGAGUCUGAUAGCAGCGUCGACAGCAAUAUCUGGCUCAGCAGUAUACGCCGGAACAUCAGCAGUGCCUCACUGCCUGACUAUGAUGGCCAGCAGUCGAGUCCAUACAACACUCUCAACAAGGCCAUCAUCCAGCCCCACACCUCCACGUCAAACUUUGUGGGGCUGUGUCUGCCUGUUGAUAUUUACAUGGUGUUUGAGGUUAUUGAGGGAGAACUUGGAUCAGCCAGGAACUGGGUAAGAUUCACCCUCAUGGACAGGGAACUGGGUAAGAUUCACCCUCGUAGCCAGGGGAACAGGGUAAGAUUCACCCUCAUGGACAGGGAACAGGAGCUCAAGCUGACCUACAGUGUACCACCUCUUAAACCAGAUGUUGAUUUGGAGCAUUCCGCUGACGUCUGUAUUGUCUGUGUUUCCCAAGAGUCGCACAAGUCCGUGUCCCAUGAUGCACUAUCUCAUGAUGAUAUCCCAUCAAUAGAUGGGGUUACUGAGCAGAAGGUGGACCUGGCUAAUGUUCAGAGUUCACACGGGCUCAAGACAGGACGACCAAGAGUGGAGAGCGUCAACGAUGCUUCUUCAACAACUCCCGGGAGUGUCACCAGCACAAACAGCACAGACUCAGCCUCCAAGAAACUGAGCGAGGAAAGCCCAAAGGGACGUAAUCUGAUUCGGAAGGAAAUCAUGAGACUGAUCAUUAACCUUGGCAGUUCAGUCGGGGCAAAGGGCACAGAGCAGGGGCUCCUCAGCCUGAAGCAGAAGUUCCCCAAAGCCUUCGCGAACAUGUGUUUUUACUCCGAGGUGUGUCAUCUUCUGGCAACCUACUCCUUCCGACUGGCCCCUCGGCGCUUCAUACAGGAGCUGUUUGAUGAGCUGGACGUUACAAAGUUACUGGAAGAGCCACGCGUGCUGCUGGAUGUUACGGAACCAGAUGAAGAUGAUGGCUUUAAGCGCAUGACACCAAUACACCAAGGAAGUCUCGACGCGUUCCCAGAAUCCUCUGCAUGACACUGGCACACUUCCCGUUUCUGUUCUCUUCACUAUAGGCUGGACUAAAUAGUCUACCCAGCAACAACAUGAUUGGCUGAACACAGGGACAUAACUCUGUACGACCCUUUCAUGGACUGGUCACAUUCUGAGUGCCAUUGUGUAGUUAUCUCCCUUGAAACUGUUCUAGCACUUGAUGUAUUGACCUAAAGCAGGAUGAGAGAAGAUGGUGAUCAUGAUGAUCAUGUUUAGUUGUUACAGUUAUUCUUUACUAAUGCAGGCUUCUGCAUGUAAUAGGGGUGGUGGGGUAGCCUAGUGGUUAAAGCGUUGGCUCGUCACGCCCAAGACCCGGGUUCGA